GGAAGCUUGUGCAGCGACCAUGCCGCAACAAACACAAGUGGGCACUUCCUCGUGCAAGACGGUUGUUUAUGUGAUCUUUUUCCCCUCUUAUGUGCAACUUCGACUUCCAAACUGAAGUAUUACUGCAGAAGAAUGUCAUUCUUUCCAAGGAUUUCUCUGAGGCCAGAAGUCACCGAUUAUCUGAAGGGCGUCUUUUUAAACAAUGAGUUGUUGGCGUCCGUCGGCCGUCACGAGGCAGAACGGCGUUUUGAGACGCUGCUCACCUGCCUGUCACACCCGCCAUCUUCCACUUGCGUCCGAGCCAGCGUUCAUCUGGCGCCGCUGGGAGAAAUCCGACACAAGCUUUGCGAGGAGCUGAAGAAGGUUAGCCGCCACGUUCACGAGGACAGUCGUGUUCACGUAUGUGUCGGCGUUGGACAGCACACGGAGGAGCUUCAGGUGCUUCCGCAUCCCAGUGUUCCAGAUGUGCUGCUGCUUCCUGUGGACGGGCCGAGAUGUGUGCAGCAGCUCAGCAAGGAGGUGGUGGUGGGCGCUCAGUGUGGGAACGCCGUGCUGAGAGGCGCUCACGUCUUUGCUCCUGGAAUGCUGGCCUGCCCCAAACAUAUGAAGGCUGGAGACGUGGUGUCCGUCUUCUCUGACUUGGAGGGGAAAUGCACACGAGGGGCGUUUAGCUUCCACGGGAAGAGAGUGUUUGUGGGAAACGGAGUGGCGGAAAAGGACCGCUCCAGCAUUUUUUGUUCAGGUGAACCUGCAAGAGGUGUUGGCAUCCGCAUGAUUGAGCCACUGUAUGCCACGCCCUCCUUUGACGGGCUUUUACCUCAACUAGUCUUCUUACAGAACCUUCCCUCCGUGGUUGUGGGCCAUGUACUGGGGCCUCGUCCCGGAGAACGCAUCCUGGACAUGUGUGCUGCCCCGGGCGGGAAGACGUGUCACAUCGCCACCCUCAUGAGGGACCAGGGUGAAGUAGUGGCUUUAGAACGGAUCUCAAACAAGAUGGAGCUGAUUCGUCAAAAUGCUCAAACGUUGCAGCUGCGUUGCAUCAAAGCCUUUUGCUUCAACAGCACUCGGGCUGUGAGUGAGCACUCGAACCCUGAAGCUGAAGAACCGCCUUUCCCCCCUGAGAGCUUCGACCGGAUCCUGCUGGAUGCUCCGUGCAGCGGCCUGGGUCAGAGACCCAACAUGGCGAGCACCUGGAACCUGAAGGAGAUAUGCUCCUUUGCACCACUGCAGCGCAAGCUCUUUCAAGCUGCGGUGCAGCUGCUGAAGAAAGGCGGGGUUCUGGUGUACAGCACGUGCACGGUGACGCUGGCUGAGAACGAGGAGCAGGUGGCGUGGGCCCUGCGCACCUUUCCCUGCCUCAAGCUGCAAUCUCAGGAGCCUCACAUCGGCGCCGAGGGCAUGCCAGGGGCGGGCCUGGCUCAAGAGCAGCUCCGUCUCCUCCAGAGGUUCCGGCCCGAGCUGAGCUGGGAGCAAGUGGCCGCGGGCGCACCCCUCUCCUGCAGGGCCAACAGCGACACCAUUGGCUUUUUUAUUGCCAAAUUCCAGAAAACAUGAUUCCUGACACGAUACUGUAAUAGGCAUGCCGGGCCAGUAGAUGGCGAUGUGACAUUGUUACACAAGCUUGGUAUGGCUUUAUUAAAAAGUUGCCUUCUCAGUCCAUCUCAGUCCCAGUAGAGCUGCUGCAGUAAAUGCGCUACGUCAGCACAUUCUUUUGCUUGUCAAGCAUUUCCAUGGAAACCAUAGCGCUCUGGUCUUCCAAGUACACAAAGCAGGCUGCAGUCCAUGUAGGGAGAAGCUGCAGCAGCUCUGCUUGCAGUGUCGCCAUGACAACAGUGACGACACAGCUGCCGUGGCGACAGCCGCGCAGACCAGGAAGUGGCGUGCAGAAAGAGGUCAUGAGAGGUAGUGAAAAAGGAAUUAUUUAUGGACGUUUGUCUCGCAAGUGCACCAGCUAACUGCAAAAGAGCCUCAGAUUCGCCAUGAAAGGCAAGCGAAUCGACUUUUCGGGAUUGUCACUCGUGUGGACGUUGCCAUGACGCCUCGGGAGGCCUCGCUCAAUUUUUCAGCAGCGUUUCACAAAAACUAUUUAUAGACGUCACAGCCCGGGUGUUCUCAAAGAGCACACGUCCAAAUUUUUUAAUGUACACUGUUUAAAAAGCUGCAGCGCUACCAAUGUAGCAUACAAAUGCUUGCUUUUUCCUCUACAGUUGUCCAAGAAAAGCAAAUAAAAUGAGGGAUUGUAAACAAGAUGACUCGAGUGGAAGCCAUGAUUUUGCAUUCAGUUGAUAUUCCUCUACAUUCUCCAACGUAUGAAGUUGGUUAGAAAAGUCCAUUCAAAGAACACGAGCUCUCCCAGGAAGAAUAGAAACAUGUACUUCUCCAAGUUUAGAGGGUAUAUAUUACUGGAUAGCUUGCCUUGCCUCUGGAGGAAAGCUUCUUUACCAUCUGCCAUGUUGUCUUUUAUUGGUGUAAGUAAACAAAUCAUUUUCAUUUUGUGCUCAUGCUGCUUUCUAGAAAUCUGGGAAGUUUGAAAGGUACACACACCAACCUGAAAGGUGCAUUGGAAAUUCUUAGGAGCACAUGGAGGACCAUGAAUGAUAGAAAUAUAUUUCUUGCUUAUACUAGAUAAAUUCCUUACUCAUGGUUUUUUUGACUUUUGAAAGCUCGGGGAUAUAUUCUACUUCCCAGCAGUCUACAACGCAGCACAUGCUUUCAGGUUUUAGCUGCAACAUGAAUAUGAGCAGAGGCUGCCUGGUUUCGGAACUUCUCAGACUUGUACUCAUCUCAUGCUUAACUUACUUUACCUCCAAAAGACCUCAGCCUCCAACCGAGUGGCUUGGUGAAAGAAAGGGCAUUCAAAAAGAAGAGAUGCAUAUUUGUGAAUGUUCAUGCAUAUCCACACAUAAAGCACGUCUAUGCAUAGAUCCACAUACUAAGAAAAGGAAGUGAGGUGGUGUGGUUUGGAAGUGAGCAGCACAUGAUAAAGUCCUCUACUGGGGGAUGGCCCAUUCUCCUGCAUUGCCCCUCUUUUUGGCUGCCACCACCCCCUCUCAUUCUGGGUCGUAGUAGUUAUGGUGGUGGUGGUCCCUCGUGGGCCGGUGGUGGUGAUGGUGGUGGUGGUGAGUGCGCUGUUUGUUUCGUUCAUUGUGGUCCUGUUCGCGCUCCUUGGAGCGAUGGUGGCCUCCCUCGUCCUGCCCGCCCCCACGGUGGUGAUGAUGGUGGUGGUGGUGGUGAUGGUGAUUGUGGUCCCGGUGCGGCUGUCCCUCCCCUAAAUCCUUGUCCUCCUCCUGAUGUUGGAGGAGCUGAGUGCGAGGCUCCUCGUGAGCGGCGUCCUUGCUCUCUCGGCUGUCUGGAGUCUCCGAGUCCAAAGUCUCCUGGCGGGCGAGCCCCCUGGCCCGGCUGCUGCUGCUGUGGUGGUGACGGUGGUGAUGAUGGUGGUGAUUGUUCUGCUCGGUCUUGCUUGAAGCAGAGCGAUGGUGGAUGUGCUGCCCUCUCCUGGAUGACUCCGUCCUCAGUGGCCUCUCCUCCUGGUUGUCGUCAUCCUCGGCCUCCCCGUCGCCGUCAUCCUGGUCCUCUCUGGAGAAGGCUUUCUCUCCUCUGUGCUCUGCAGCGCCACCCUGAGGUUAGCAAUAAACACAGUGAAAGAAGAAAAAGAGCAAUGGCCGAAGCCUCCUUUCCACCAAGCGGUAGUUUGUAGUGCGACAUUAUGCGGCCAGUCACUGUCCACGCUAUAAUGUCACCGUGCUAUGCACCUACACCCACCCCUGACACCUCUAAACCUUAUACUGGACUGCACCGCUGGGUGGAAACGUGACUGCAGGAGCCUGGCUACACACACACACACACACACACACACACACACUAGCUUCAACAAUGGUCAGGCAUCUAUUGAAGCAGCUGGUCUCCUUGAAGAGUUGUGUCCUUUACCAAGAAUCAUCACUCAAAAUGAGUCAGCAUGUGUAAUCGCUGCUACGUGUAUCACCAACUUUGUCAGUCUUACCAGUCCAGUAGUGAAAGAAAGCAGUGGAAGAACAAAUGUCAAAUCUUUUGUCAAUGUCAUCUUCAUUCUCUCAUACACUCAUUGUGGCUCACACCUGCGUGCUGGA